AAUCAGAUAUUGCUAGUGGGCCAAUGCGAGUGCGAACAUCGCCAGUUGUUAGUAAAACAUGAGACAGACAACGACAUAUCUCUCGGAUAAUAUCGAACAAGAAAAUUAAAACAAUGGCAGAAAGGUAAUAAAACGAAGCAAUAAACGCUAGUAAUAAAGCCAUAUCAACAGUACAAGAAUGUUCAGUGAGGUUGAUAGAAAUAUUAGAAACGAACUAAGCAUCGAUAGCGGAAGAUAGCUCGUAAAAAGUAUGAGGAUAUCUACUAAACUCUACCUAAUAUUAUUUAUGUGCGCAUUUAUUAUCCUAGUGCAAUAUCAUUUUUAUAAUCCUUGGAUAUUAACUACUAUUUCUGAAAAUGAUAUACGACCAGUUAACGAACGAAAAUUACAAGUGCCGUGCUAUAAUAUCGCUCAAGCCGAGGGAUCUGAAUUACCACCUUUAUACAUUAUCACCCCUACCUAUAGAAGACCCGAACAAAUAGCUGAAUUAACUAGACUUUCUCAUACUCUAAUGCUAGUACCGCCGAAUUUAACAUGGUUAGUGAUAGAAGAUGCCUACCAAACCAACGACCUCGUCGAAGAAGUGUUGAAGAAAUCCUCGCUGAAGUACCAUUACAUGAUAGCGCCGAUGCCUGCCCAGUACAAGAACAAAACGAAAGGCCCUAAACCCAGAGGGGUGUCGAACAGAAACAAAGGGAUCGAGUGGAUAAGGGAAAACGCUAAAACUGGAGUGUUGUAUUUUGCUGAUGACGACAACACUUACGAUUUAGAAUUAUUUAAUGAUAUAAGGUAUACGAAACGGGUAUCGAUGUUUCCAGUUGGAUUAAUAACCAAAGCUGGAGUGAGUUCGCCUAUAGUGAAGAAUGGUGUUUUUACUGGAUUUUACGACGGUUGGAUCGGUGGGAGGAAAUUCGCCGUCGACAUGGCGGGAUUCGCUGUUUCUGUGGAGUUUUUACUGAAGAGGCCUAAAGCUAAGAUGCCUUUCAAGCCUGGAUUCGAAGAGGACGGGUUUUUGAAGAGCCUGUCGCCGUUCGAGCCGAGGAAUGUCGAGUUACUAGCGAGUAAUUGUACAAAAAUAUUGGUUUGGCACACACAAACGAAGAAAAAUGGACCGUCGUUGCCUCUGGAUAUGGCAAAACAUAAUAAUACUAACCUCGUGAUGCUCAAAAAAAUAUUAGUCUAGUCAGACGUUGUUUAAAUUUAAAAUUUAAUGCAAAUUGCAUUACUUACGAAGUGAUCACGCUAUACAGUGCAUUUCUUUAAUUCAGAUUCUGAAUUGUACAUAUCGCAUAGGACUUUAUUUUUUUCAUACAUGCGUUCAAGAUAUGAGGAAAUAUUGAACAAAACUCACGUUAGCUCUUUUAGGUGUGUUUUUCGUUACUAUUUAUUUAUAAAAUAUUUUUUUACCGAAUGCAAGUUAGGUUAAACUUUAAGUAAAUAAUCAUAGGAACAUGAUUGUGAUACUCCGUGUACAUGUACAUAAUAUCAAUGCGAUUUUAAUAUGCAUUAAUUAUUGCCAUAUCCCAUUUACAUUUUAAUUUUAGUUGUUAAGAAUGGGGCUGUGGAUGAAUUUUUUAUACCUACACUAAUUUUAAGAUAAUGCAAUUUACACAAUCAUGUAGGUAUCGAAAUAA